GGCAGGGCGGGGGCAGCGGGGCCGGGCCGGGCCGGGCCGGGGCUGCCAUGGCCGCGGUGGUGCUGCGAGCGGCGCCCAGGCUGCUGAGGGAGCGGCGGGGCCCGGGGAGCCUCGGGGCAGCGGGGCCGGGACGGGCAUCACAGUGCUUGAUCAGAAGAACAUUUUUUGGAUGUCCUCUGACUAAGGGAGGUUCUGGUCUGAUUCAAAAGACUAAAGAUGUUUGUUUGAGGUUCUGCAGACCACAAAGUUCCACAGCAGCUGCUGGCAAAUCUGGAGAGGAUGCCUUGCUGAAAUGGGGCCUUCUCCUCGUCCCUCUGACCACGUUUGGUCUCGGCACAUGGCAGGUUCAGCGGCGCAAGUGGAAAUUAAAUUUGAUUGCACAGCUGGCAUCAAGAACCAGAGCAGAUCCCAUCCCUCUGACAUUAGACCCCAUGGAGCUGAAGGAGUUGGAGUACAGGCCCGUGCGGGUGCGGGGGCGCUUUGACCACUCCAAGGAGCUGUACCUGCUGCCCCGCUCCCUGCUGGACCCCCAGCGCGAGGCGCGCGAGGCCGGCAGGAUCUCGUCCCACCCCGAGAACGGAGCCAACGUCAUCACCCCCUUCUACUGCACAGAGCUGGGGGUCACGAUUUUAGUCAACCGAGGAUUUGUGCCCAAGAAUAAACUGAAACCAGAGACCAGGCUGAAGGGACAGAUUGAAGAUGAGAUUACUCUCACAGGGGUGGUGAGGUUAACAGAAAAAAGGAAACCCUUUGUGCCUGAAAACAACAUUGAACAAAACCGCUGGCACUACCGGGACCUGGAGGCCAUGGCCAAGGUGACCGGUGCUGAGCCCAUCUUCAUCGAUGCAGAUUUCAAAAGCACAGUCCCAGGGGGACCCAUCGGGGGCCAGACCAGGGUGAGCCUGAGGAACGAGCACAUGCAGUACAUUGUCACCUGGUACGGCUUGUGUGCUGCAACUUCCUUCUUGUGGUACAAGAAAUUUAUACAGAAGGUACCUCUGUGAGGGGAAGGAGGAAACAUCUUUGUGCUACAGUCAAGAGCAGACUUUUAUGGAUGACAGGAGCCUGAUCACUAAAUACUUGAAGCACCUGGAAUUCCAGAGCAGUUUGAGCAAACAUUAUCAAGCUGCAAACAGACUUGAAGCAAUCCCUGCAAACCAAGCUCCCACCAGUGUGAUUUGGCUGCAGCUUGGGAGAACUGAACUUCAAUAGUAAUCACAAAAAUACAUUUUUCUAUUGGGGUUGGUUGCAAACUACAUUUUAACAUCUCCAUUUUUUUUUUCCUUAAGACAAAUCCAGAGGAUUUUGUCAAUCGGCCUAUUUGCAGCAAGUAGUCCUUCCUGAAGUCAGGAAUGGCUCACAGCAGCUGCAGCAGAAUAAAUAAAGGCCUUCAGGUCUUUGCUUUGUGACUUGCA